AUUAAAUGCGUAGUAUCAAUUUCAUUUCAUUUUCAUUAAUGCAUAAUAAUCAUAUGAUUUCAUUUUACGAGAAUAUUAUAAGUAAUCGUUUUUUCUUCUGUGAUUAAUUAUACAAUAAUUUGCUUUAAAGUCGAUUAACAUAAUGAUCAAAAUUCGUAGAUUGUUAUUAUCAUGAGAACGCGACAUUAAGGUGUGGCAGGCGUUGAAAUACAAGUGACAUCAAUUUUUGUGAGCAAUAUUACCUUGUGAAAAUUUGUUCUUUUUUUUAUCGUAUUUUUUUGGAUCAAAAAUAUUAUAAUAUCGAGAAUGACGGUCGACAAACAAGAUUAUCCAAAAGCAUCAAAUGCUGUACUUUUUGGAGGAGUAAUAACAUAUAUCGCUGGAUUAUUUUUAUUGAUGUCUUUUACAAGUCCGUAUUGGAUUGAAUCGUAUCAAGAAACAUUUAGUACGUUCAAACAUAUGGGUCUCUGGGAGUAUUGUUUCGAACAAUUUCGAUAUCCAUAUUAUCAGUUUGAUAAAUUAUUCGACGGAUGCCAUCACAUUUUUUCUCGGGAAUACUUUGUCAUAAGAGAAUGGUUACUACCUGUUUGGCUUAUGGUCGUACAGGCAUUCGUCACUCUCUCUUUACUUUUAUCAUUUUCUUCGCAAGCAAUUAUCGUAUUGAUUUUAAUCAGAUGGCCGCUAAGAUUCGUAUUGCAUUAUGAAUGGAUUCUCUCUGCCGCAGCAUUUAUAUUCAAUGCUACAACUGGUGUCUUAUUAUUUUUGGCAGUGGCUAUAUUCGGAGGUCAGUGUUGGCGCAGAGAUUGGUUAAUGUAUCCAAAUUUCAAUCAUUUAUCAUGGUCUUAUGGUCUUGCUGUUAUAUCUUUUAUGCUACAUUCAUUAGGCGCAUUUUUAUUGUAUUUAAAUGCGCGAGCGGGCUAUACGUAUCGUAAAGAAUCUCGAAAUCUCGUCAUGCAAAUGCAGCCUAAUCCACAAAGUCAUCAUGGCUCGCAACGAACCGGAUACAUAUAAUGAAAGUAACAAAGUUAUAUAGAAUCUGUAUCUUAUAUAACACAAAACGAAGCCACAAUUGUACUUCAUUGCGCACAAUUCGACAAGUCAAAAAUGCAACGCAGUACAAUAUCGUUCCGUCCACGUUAGGUAGGAAGACUGAUAUCGUUUCAUUUUCUUUUUCUUUUUAUAUAUAUAUAUAUAUAUAUAUAUGUAUGUAUUAGAUUUAAAACAUCAUAAUUUCAGCAUUAUUAUAUCGCAAUGCAAGUACCAAUAGAUAAUUGUAGUAAAAAAAUUCGAGCAAUGAUAAGAAAACAGAAGUUAAAAAAGAGUUGGUAGUUGGACGAGUUACGUAUUAUCUAUCGUAAUAUUUUCAUCGUAUAUUUUUUUUAUUUUUUUAUAUCUUGAGUUACCUGCAGUGAUCAUCAGCGUCAUUUUUCUUUUUUUACUUUCAUAAUAUUCCUCGAUGAUCUGUAUUUUUGUUCAAUGACUAGUAUUAGAAAAUAAGUUAAUUGUCUGUUUUCGUUUUCUUUUUGUUUUUUUUUUCCUUUUUUGUUUUUUCUUUUUUAUGAUCUUUAAUACUUUCUAAAUUGUAAGUUUCAAAAAUCUCUAUAUA